AUGUUUCUCAGUUUUUGUCUACUGGUGACAUUUGUCCUGGGGCUAUCUGGGUGCUUGGGCUCAUAUGUUCCCUGCGAGCCGUGCGACCAGAAGGCGCUCUCUAUGUGCCCCCCAGUCCCCGUCGGUUGUCAACUCGUGAAGGAGCCUGGCUGCGGUUGCUGCCUAACCUGUGCCUUAUCGGAAGGUCAGGCGUGCGGCGUUUACACCGGAACAUGCACCCAUGGCUUGCGCUGCUUGCCGCGAAAUGGAGAAGAGAAGCCACUCCACGCGCUUCUCCAUGGCAGGGGAGUGUGCACAAACGAGAAAGGAUACAAACCCCUCCAUCCACCCAUAGAUCAUGAGUCUCGGGAACACGAGGACACCCUGACAACCGAAAUAAUGGAGGACCAACUGCAGCCUGCUAAAGUGCCGCUCCUCCCCAAGCAGGACGUCAUCAACAGCAAGAAGAUCCAGGCCAUGCGCAAGGACAAGGACCGCAAGCGGGCGCAGGCCAAACUGCGCUCCAUUGGGCCCAUGGACUACUCCCCACUCCCCAUUGACAAGCACGAGCCAGAGUUUGGUCCUUGCAGGAGGAAGCUGGAUGGGAUCAUCCAGGGAAUGAAGGACACAUCCCGUGUCAUGGCCCUGUCCCUGUACCUCCCCAACUGUGACAGAAAGGGCUUCUUCAAACGCAAACAGUGCAAACCCUCUCGCGGCAGGAAGCGGGGCAUCUGCUGGUGCGUGGACAAGUAUGGCGUGCAGCUGCCCGGUACAGACUACAGCGGGGGAGACAUCCAAUGCAAGGACCUAGAGAGCAGCAGCAUCAACAAUGAGUGA